UUAUCUGAAAAAACAUCAAAAUACACCUUAUAUCGUAAACUAAAUGCAUGCUAUAUAAAACGAACAUAAAGAACAUAAACUAAACUUUAUUCCCCCAAACCUAAUAUCAGUUGCCAAGUAAAGAUAUCCCCAACAUAAACCAAAAAUUAUAAUUGAGCACAUAGAAGCCACGUCACAUGAGAUAACAUAACAAUCACCAAAUUCACACCAACAUGAGCACCACAGGCGUGGGACUUCAGGAGGUCCGGGCAGCCUACCAAAGGAUUCAAGGAUGGAUCCACAGGACUCCGGUGUUCACAAAUGAAGGGCUGAACAACCUCUCAGGCAGAAAGCUGUUCUUUAAGGCGGAAAACUUGCAGAAGACCGGCGCCUUCAAAGCACGUGGGGCUUGCAAUGCUGUAUUUCUUGAGAAGGAAAAAAAUCCCAAGAGCCCCGGGGUCGUUACACACAGCAGUGGGAACCAUGGUCAAGCAGUGGCUUAUGCAGCAAAGUGUGCCGGACUUCCCUGUAGUGUAGUUGUACCCAAAGGAACACCAAAAGUUAAAUGUGAUGCCAUUGUUAAUUAUGGUGCUGAGCUGGUGUUCUGUGAACCCUCUCCUGCCGCAAGGAAAGAGGUCUGUGCGCAGAUAGCAGAAGCGACUGGGAAGGCAAUCAUCCAUCCCUUCGACAAUUACAAUGUCAUGGCUGGUCAGGGGACAAUCGCGCUGGAGCUUCUGGAAGAGGUGCCUGAUUUGGAUGCCAUAUUGGUACCGAUAAGUGGAGGAGGAAUGACUUCCGGCAUUGCUGUUGCUACACACGGCCUAAACCCGGAUUGCAGAGUUUACGCUGUUGAGCCCUUUGGGAAAGAGCUGCAAAGGAGCUUAGAGAACAAGAAGCGAAUGUGGGACAACCCUCCUCGAUUCCUUGAAACCAUUGCUGAUGCUAUUCGGACGCAGCAG